AUGUCCACGUAUUCAGCAGUACCUGCCAAUAAUCCAGACGAGCAAUGUGAUAGUGGCCCACCCUCUUAUGAAGUAUCCCAGGCAGAAUAUGAGUCUAAUAGGUUGUUAGAAUCCACAAACGGCGAAAGUGAAGAAACGACAAAUGGCGAAAACAGGAUAAAUGAGGACGAGAGAACAGAUACGACAACACAUAAUACAAACACAUUCACUACCAUAAAUCCACCAACAUUUACACCUCUAAUUGUUGUUGACACUCCUUCUGACUCUUCCAUGGAACACGCCGAACAUGAGGGCCCCCUUAAUAAGACAAGGGCUAAGUGGGAUAGAAAACUGGUUAUUGGAUAUUAUGUGACAUGGUUUGCAAUUAAUGCGUUUUUGUUUAUUGCUAUGCUUAUGGCAAUUGGAUAUGUGGGCGAUGAGAUGACAUUAGAGAUGAUCAAUAGCCAAUCCUAUAUACAAGAUGCUUUCUAUCUAGAGUGUCUGUUUAGGAUUUUCCCUUUGCUUGUGGUUAGGAAGUACGAUCCCAUGCGCUUUUCUCUACCAAAAAUCGUCGGAAUUAUGUUAGGCAAAGAAGAUUUCUAUUUCAUUCUCUAUCCAUAUCUUUCAGAUCCAAGCUUGAUCUAUGGCUUCCACCUCUGUCAGAUAUAUUAUGCAAUCUAUACAAUGAUCCUUGGAUUACCAGUAUGGAUAUAUAGCGCAUAUAGCGUAACUAUGAUAGACGACGUACCCUUUAAAGUGCUUAUUUAUUUGGGAAGUGUUGCCAGUUCAGCAAGCUUAGUAAGAUACGUAGUAGUGAUGUGUUUAACAUAUUCCAAAAAGAAUCUUGAGACGGUUAGUAGACAAAUGUGUACUGCUUUCGAGAGAUGA